AUGGCGACUGAAGAGAAGGAAAUCGAUUAUACCCUUAAUAACCCCGAUACCCUUACCAAGUACAAGACUGCUGCUGAGAUCUCCGAGAAGGUCCUGGCUGCCGUCAAGGACCUCUGCGUCGCCGGCGAGAAGAUUGUCGAGAUCUGUGAGCAGGGUGACAAGCUCCUUGAGGAGGAGAUAUCCAAGGUCUACCGUGGAAAGAAGGUCUCGAAAGGCUUUGCUCACCCGACGACCGUUUCCCCUAGCUCCUAUGUUACCCCUUACACCCCGUUGAAGUCGGACGAGAAGGAGGCUGCUGUCGAGCUCCAGGAGGGCGAGCCCGUCAAGAUCCAGCUCGGUGCCCAGAUCGACGGAUUCGCCUCGAUCGUCUGCGACACCAUCAUUGUGGCCACCAAGGACAAGCCUCAGGAUGUGAUCGAGGGCCGGGCUGCCGAUUUGAUGCUGGCCACCUACUACGCCAACGAGCUGCUCCUGAGGCUGAUGCUUCCCUCUGGCGUGCUUGCCUCGGGCACUGACGAGGAGAAGGCGAAGGCUGCGGCCGCCAAGCCCAAGACACAGGGUCAGAUCAACGCCCUGAUCGAGAAGAUUGCCAAGAGCUACGAGGUCAACACUGUCGAGAGCACCACCACCUGGCUCUUCGGCCGCAACGAGAUCGAGGACAAGAAGAAGAUUGUGCUCGCCCCCGGUGAUGGCUCCAAGGGCGAUGGCACCCCCGAAGUUGGCGAGGUCUGGGGUGUCGAGAUAGGCAUGAGCUUGGGAUCGGGCAAGGUCAAGCAGCUCGAGCAGAGGGCCACCCUGCACCGCCGCACCGCCCUGCAGCAGCCUCUGAAGCGGCCUACAUCCAGGAAGAUCCUCAGCGAGGUGCAGAAGAAGUUCAACAUGUUCCCCUUCAGUCUGCGACAGCUGGAGGAUGAGAAGGAUGCCAAGGUCGGCGUGGUAGAGUGUGUUCGGUCGGGUAUCUUCCGUCAGUACGAGCUUGUCGGUGAGAAGGAUAACUCCCCUGUUGCCAGGACUUGGACGACUAUCGAAAUAGCCAUCACCAAGAACGGCAUCACCAAGGUUGGUGCGCCACCUGCUUGGGACUUGACCAAGUUCAAGACCGACAAGAAGAUCACCGAUGAGGAGAUCCUCAAGAUUCUCGAGCAGCCUUUGUCCAAGAACAAGGGCAAGAAGAAGAAGAAGCCAGCCAGCAGUGAGGCCUAGAUGCAUCUGUGAGUCUGCCAAUACUCGCAACCGAAGAACAUUGCCGCCGGGCAAUCUACAUCAGCGAGGCACUCGAUGCAAUGCGGCCAAUGAGAUCGCCCCCGGGGUGUUCUGGGCGAGAAGACGGUAAAUGUGAUGAAUUUACCGGAGUCAAAAGGAGAAAGGAAAACAAGCAUUUAAAAAACAUUCAUGUCAUUUGGGGAUGUCAAAAGCAAAAGAUGGCACGAGAUGAUGGGAAAAGAGUGGGUUGUAGGAAAUGAGUCUUAAGGGAGCAGGCCUAGUCUUCCCCCCUCGGAAUGAACGGCUUCUGUUCUUGGUGGAAUGACUAUUCUGCCUUCUCGGCGAUUCUGUUCGUGUCAUGUUCUCUAAGUUCAUGGGUGUCCUCCAUUGGAUCGCUGCGACGCCUGCAUGUUGGGCGACGGAUCACAAUCUCGAGAUGAGAAGCCCGCCCACAUAUGACGGAGGAGCCAGGCUGAGCGGUCAAGCGGAUAUCCCCUGUAUAGAAAAAAAAAUCACAGCCGAAUACACCCCUCCCCAGAUACG